AUGGCGGAGGAAAGGCGUCAGAAACAGUGCUCGGUAGUCCUCCCUACAGAGUCCAUGAAGGCGAUGGCAGAGUCCGUGGGAGUGGGCCAAUUACAAGAGGACAGCUGCACAGCCCUAAGUGAAGAAGUCAGUUACAGAAUUAAAGAAAUUACACAGGACGCUCUUAAGUUUAUGCAUCACGGAAAGAGACGUAAACUAACAACCAAUGACAUUGAUAAUGCCCUCAAACUUAAAAAUGUUGAGCCCCUGUAUGGAUUCCAGUCUCAAGAGUUUAUCCCUUUUCGUUUCGCAAGUGGUGGUGGAAGAGAACUUCAUUUCUAUGAGGAGAAGGAAGUGGACCUUAGUGAUAUUAUAAACACUCCACUCCCUAGAGUUCCCCUGGAUGUCUCCCUUAAAGCCCACUGGUUAAGUAUUGAGGGCAUUCAACCUUCUAUUCCGGAAAAUCCACCACCAGCACCAAAAGAACAACAAAAAGCUGAAUCCACUGAGCCUCUCAAAGUUGUCAAACCUGGUCAAGAGGAGGACAGUACCAUUCAAGGCAAAAAUCAAGGGGCAACAGCUGCUGAUGGCAAAGGAAAAGAAAAGGGUCCCAUAAGGUUAAAACCACGCAGCACCCAUGAGCUGUCAGUGGAACAGCAACUCUACUACAAGGAGAUCACUGAAGCAUGCGUCGGAUCCUGUGAAGCUAAGAGAGCUGAAGCCUUGCAAAGUAUUGCCACAGACCCAGGACUGUAUCAAAUGCUUCCAAGAUUCAGCACCUUUAUUUCCGAAGGAGUUCGUGUUAAUGUCGUGCAAAAUAACUUGGCUCUCCUGAUUUACCUCAUGCGGAUGGUCAAAGCACUGAUGGACAACCCCACUUUAUACCUGGAAAAAUAUCUGCAUGAGCUCAUCCCGGCUGUGGUGACAUGUAUCGUGAGCAAGCAGCUGUGUUUAAGACCAGAUGUUGACAACCACUGGGCUUUAAGGGACUUUGCUGCUCGUCUUAUGGCCCAGAGUUGUAAAACCUUUAGCACCACAACCAACAACAUCCAGUCUCGCAUCACCAAGACUUUUACUAAGAGUUGGUUGGAUGACAAAACCCAGUGGACGACGCGGUAUGGCUGCAUCGCCGGGCUCUCUGAGCUUGGGCCUGAUGUAAUAAAGACGUUGAUCCUUCCUCGGCUUGCUGUAGAGGGUGCUCGCAUCAAAGCAGUGAUGGAAGGACCAGUAAUCUCCAAUAUUGAUAAGAUUGGAGCAGACCAUGUUCAAAGCCUCCUAUUGAAACAUUGUGCCAGUGUCAUUGCCAAGAUUCGACCUCCACCUGACAGCGUGGAACAAUAUCGGAUGGACUAUGGUUACCUCGCACCUAUGUUGUGUUCUCAUGUAACGAAGGCUCGGACCCAAGCUGCAAUGCAAGCCCAGCAAGUCAACAGAACCACAUUAACAAUCACACAGCCUCGUCCGACCCUCUCUGUUUCACAAAGUGGACUCAGUGGAUCGACAGGGCCUCGCACUCCAAGCAUCAUUAAGGUUCCAAGUUCCCUCACCCUGAUGUCCCCAAGACCAGGGACCCCUUCACAGCCAUCGCCCCCUGCCACUAAAUAUAUUGUUAUGGGAACCAGUGCAGGAGCCGCUUCAACACAGCAGGUAAUCACCAUUAACUCUUCUCAGUCUGCCUCAACGGUUACAAGCACCGUACCCAGCGCUACUUCAACCUUGCAGCCAAUGGUAAAACUAGAAUCAGGAAGUGGCCCUACACUCCCCGGUUCUCGACCUAUGCAGAAGUACAUCGUGGUAUCACUGCCUUCGUCCACAUCUUCCAUGGAAAAUAAAAGCUCUGUAAUCCCAACCCCCAUCUCAACAACAGUAGAACCAGCAAUGAGGACUGACCGGUCAGAGUCUCCUGGUGCAAGCACACAGUCACCACACUGA